CAGAACCUGGAGAGACAAGUGGGCGUGUUGGAUGGAAUGGACAAACAACUCGAGAAAUUUGAACAGUACUAUACGGUGAAGCUGGAUGAGCUACAGCAAGAGAGUAACCAAGAUCCCGGUGCAUCGUCUCAGACAUCACUACCUUUACUGGACUCAUCCAAAUCGCUGCAAAAGAAUAAGAAGAAGAAAGAGAUCAAGAAGAAGCUGCGUAAGUGGGGUGCCGAUGGUCAAGUUGAUGAAUCUGGAGAUGCUGAGGAUCUGGACUAUUCCCAGCAGGAUGCGGAGUCGAAUUCACGCACCACGGUCACUGAAAUCAACUCUGAGUCAUUUGGUGAUAGGGAUGCGACUGGAAGGUUUGUUGUUAAGGAUUUGAAUGAGGAGAUUGAUGAACUACUGGCAAAGUCGAAGGAAAGUGCCCAGGUUAAAGAACCGUUUGCAUUCUUGAAAAAAAUCACAGGUGGUAAGACCAUUACUGCAGAGGAUAUCAAAUCUACAACUGAGGAAUUACAAAAGCAUCUUGUGAAGAAGAACGUUGCUCCAGAGAUUGCUCAACAAUUAACCUCAAACGUUGAAAAAGCGCUUGUUGGUUCCAAGACUAAGAACUGGACCACUGUUACUUCAACUGCAAAGGCUGCCUUGACGAAAGAACUUACAAAGAUCUUGACACCUGGAACCUCUAUAAACUUGCUGGAAGAUAUCAAGAAGAAUCCGAAGCCAUAUGUUAUCUCUGUUGUUGGUGUUAACGGUGUUGGUAAAUCUACAAAUUUAUCCAAGCUAGCAUUUUGGCUCUUACAAAACGACUUCAAAGUGUUAAUCACAGCUUGUGACACCUUUAGAUCAGGUGCAGUGGAACAACUUAGGGUCCACGUUAACAACUUGAAAACCGCAAGUGAUAAGAAAGACCGUGUUGAACUUUUUGAAGGUGGAUAUGGAGGCUCUGAUCUCGUGGCAAAGAUCGCCAAGAAUGCCAUUGACUAUGCGAAGAAGCACCAAUUCGACAUUGUGUUGAUGGACACUGCUGGAAGAAGACAUAACGAUGCACAAUUAAUGGCACCAUUGGCAUCAUUUGCCAAAGCUGCAAAUCCUAAUAAGAUCAUCAUGGUUGGUGAGGCUCUCGUUGGUACGGAUUCUGUUCAACAGGCAAAGAACUUCAACUCUGCGUUCGGUGCAGGCCGGAACCUGGACUUCUUCAUCAUCUCGAAAUGUGACACCGUUGGUGAUCUAAUCGGCACGAUGGUCAACAUGGUUGCAGCAACAGGUAUCCCGAUCCUGUUCGUUGGUGUGGGUCAAACCUACACGGAUCUGCGUACACUGAGUGUUGAGUGGGCAGUUAAUACUUUAAUGAGU